AUGCCGCCGCUAGAUCAAGGCCCGCUCAAGUUUCCGAGUAGCGCGACGGGGGAAGACGAAGGGCAGACGACGACGACGGGACUAUUUAUGAACAAGAGCUCAAUGGCUAAUGAAAAUAUUUUUCAACGCCUAGCUGCCAUGACGGGCGCGGGGAACGCAGGAGAGCGCGAUCGUGCGCGCGAGAGCGGCGCCGGCGAGUCUUUGUUGAGUGCUCCGUCGAGUAAUCGAUCGAGGAUCAGGACGCAUUCGCAGAGCUUUGAUAAAGAUGGCGGUAUAGGAUAUGCUACGUCCUCAUUAGGCGGCAGCGGUAUGUCAUCUACAAUGACCAGCAGUAUCCCGCCUUCAAGUCCCGGUAGUCGGACGCCUAGAGCACGUAAACGACAGAGGAUCGAUGUAGGAGAUAGAUUUGUUCCGACUCGGGAUAUAGAUGAGCGACAGCGAGCCUUUAAUCUACUCGAUGACGAUGAUCUCGCCUUGAGCUCGACACAUCGGAUGAUCCCACACGAAUCCGACGCCGCCAAAGAACAAGCGAAUGCGACAUUCUCGACCAUGCUGACCAAGGAGCUAACGGACGAUAACCCAUUCCUCGGAAGCUCGCGGUCUUCCUCCCCUGUACGGCAUUCGUCGGCCACCAGUGCAGCAGCCACUUCUGCGUCUGGUGGAUCCAGCGGUGCAGCAGCUCCUACGACCCCAACGCGAAAGCGUGUCCUAUCCUUUCACACCCCUCCUCGAGCAGGGACCAGCACGCCUGUUUUCGCUGGUCAAGACACACCCCUCGCUGCCGCCUACGCCACUUCACCCGUCAAGCCAACCACCAGCAACUUUAUCACCUCUCCUCAGAAGGCACUUCGAAAUGUGUGCAAGACGCCCUUCCGUGUCUUGGACGCACCGGAUCUGCAAGACGAUUUCUAUCUCAACCUUGUGGACUGGAGUAGCACCAACGUCCUAGGAGUCGGUUUGAAGUUGCGUAUAUCUAUGGAGCGCAAAGACGGCGCAAGUCACCAAGUUAAAGGGAGCACGCUCGCUGUUGGGACGUCAGCUGGUAAUAUCCAAAUCUGGGACGCCGUCAAGAAUGUCCGACUGCGGCAUUAUGCUGCUCAUCAACAUCGAAUCGGUGCAUUGGCAUGGAACGAGUCCACGAUUACGAGUGGUUCCCGUGAUCGGAAUAUCCAGCAUCGUGACGUACGAACUCCAGGAAAGGCGUAUUCUACGCUGCUUGGACAUCGACAAGAGGUGUGUGGGCUCAAGUGGCACUCAGGGCAGAAGCAACUGGCGAGCGGCGGGAACGACAACAAGUUGCUCAUUUGGGACCAUCGUGGAGGUGUCCCGGAUACGCCUUUGUGGAAGUGGCAUGAACAUUCGGCGGCUGUCAAGGCCAUUGCGUGGAAUCCACAUCAGUCGGGUAUCCUCGUUAGUGGAGGUGGAACGCAGGAUAAGAAGAUGCGUUUCUGGAACACGGUGUCCGGAGCCAUGCUUUCAGAGGUGGACACUGGAUCUCAGGUCUGUAACUUGGCGUGGUCCAAAACGUCACAAGAGAUUGUAUCGACGCACGGGUACUCGUCGACGUCUGGCCAGAACCUCAUCUGCCUAUGGAAGUAUCCGUCGAUGGAAAUGGUCGCAAGCCUCUCUGGUCACACCCACCGUGUGCUCUAUCUAGCUAUGUCUCCGGAUGGCCAGACCAUAGUUACUGGAGCAGGUGACGAGACCCUACGGUUCUGGAACGCCUUUCCCAAGCGCAAGGAAGCCGGGUCCAUAGACUCUGAUACUCGACGGGACCAGCUCACCGUGACCGGCAUGAUACGAUAA